AGAAAACCAGCAUUUCCUCCCUAUUUGCUCUCUGUUUUCGUGACGUUUCUUUAGGCGCGCGCCCAUUGGACAUCCACCCCGCCCAUCUCGGUGACUGAUAGCCGUGCAGUGGCUGUCUCCUCCCCGCGGCAGCAAACACUAUUUGAGCUGGGACCAUCGGAUCGUUAUAGAGAACCGCUUCAGUGUCGUCAAUGGGAAGCGCGAGAGACGGUGGCAGCAGCGUGAGGUACGGUCCAGACUGAACCCGCAGCGGCACUAUGCUCUCCAGCUCCAGCUCCAGCUCCAGCUCCAGCGCCAGCGCCAGCUCCAGCCCGUGGCUGUGGAUUACGCCGUUCCUUCUCCUGUGCUGCCAUGCGGGCGGCGGGGGAGCCCAGAACGCCAAAGAAGUGAUUCUACUGGACUCAAAGGCACAGCAGACAGAGCUGGAGUGGAUCUCCUAUCCUCCCAAUGGGUGGGAAGAGAUCAGUGGCUUGGAUGAAAACUACACACCCAUUCGUACAUACCAGGUCUGUAAAGUCAUGGAGCCCAAUCAGAACAACUGGCUUCGGACUAACUGGAUAGAGAAGGGCGAUGCCCAGAGAAUUUUUGUCGAGCUGAAGUUCACCUUGAGGGAUUGUAACAGCCUGCCUGGUGUGGUGGGUGCCUGCAAGGAGACGUUCAACCUGUAUUACCAGGAAACAGAUUCCGAGGUUGGCCGCGGCUUGAGGGAGAAUCAGUAUGUGAAAAUUGAUACAAUUGCGGCGGACGAGAGCUUCACCCAGGGAGACCUGGGCGAGAGGAAGAUGAAGCUGAAUACGGAGGUGCGCAUCAUCGGUCCCCUGUCCAGGCGGGGGUUCUACCUCGCCUUCCAGGACGUCGGGGCGUGCAUCGCUCUGGUCUCCGUCAAAGUCUACUACAAGAAGUGCUGGUCGAUCAUUGAGAAUCUGGCCACCUUCCCAGACACAGUGACAGGAUCUGAGUUCUCCUCGCUGGUGGAGGUGGAAGGCAUGUGUGUGAAUGAUGCUGAGGAGGAGGCCGAUAACUCCCCGAAGAUGCACUGCAGCGCUGAAGGGGAAUGGCUCGUGCCCAUUGGGAAAUGUAUAUGCAAAGCUGGAUUUCAUCAGAAAGGAGAUGCUUGUGAGCCAUGUGGUCGUGGUUUCUACAAGUCUUCCUCUCAGGACCUCCAGUGCUCUCGCUGUCCGGCGCACAGCUUCAACGACCGUGAGGGUUCGUGGCGCUGCGACUGUGAAGACGGCUACUACCGAGCGCUCUCUGACCCGCCAUCUGUGGCCUGCACAAGACCUCCCUCUGCGCCACAGAACCUAGUCUACAACAUCAACCAGACCACCGUUAAUCUGGAGUGGAGCCCGCCAGCCGACACUGGCGGGCGGAACGACGUCACCUACAGGGUGAUCUGCCGCCGCUGCAGCUGGGAGCCCGAGGAAUGUGUACCGUGUGGUCCGAAUGUGGGAUACUCCCCUGCACAGUCCGGAUUAGUGGACACUUACGUUAGCAUCACAGACCUGCUCGCUCAUGCCAACUACACCUUAGAGGUGGAAGCUGUCAACGGCGUGUCGGAUCUGAGCAGGACUCAGAGGCUGUUUGCAGCGGUCAGCAUUGCUACAGGUCAAGCAGCUCCGUCUCAGGUCAGUGAGGUCAUCAAGGAGAAUGUGCAGCAGCGCAGCAUCCAGCUAUCCUGGCAGGAGCCGCAGCAACCCAACGGCGUCAUCACCGAAUAUGAAAUCAAAUACUAUGAAAAAGACCAGAAGGACCGGAUCUACUCCACAGUGAGGUCCAGAUCCACCUCUGCUACAGUGAACAACCUGAAGCCGAGCACGGCUUAUGUGUUCCAGAUCAGGGCUUUCACAGAGGCAGGAUAUGGAACCUUUGGACCCAGACUAGAGAUAACAACCAAAGAAGAAGCCAGUGCUGCGAUUGUCUCCAGUGAGCAGAACCCCGUCAUCAUCAUAGCAGUGGUGGCCGUGGCGGGGACCAUCAUCCUGGUGUUCAUGGUGUUCGGCUUCAUCAUCGGGAGAAGGUACGCUCUCGCGGGCCCCAUUGACUCUCCGCUCCUGCACUGCGGGUACAGCAAAGCCGAUCAGGAGGGAGAUGAGGAGCUCUACUUUCAGUUUAAAUUUCCAGGCACCAAAACCUACAUUGACCCCGAAACCUACGAGGAUCCGAACAGGGCUGUCCAUCAGUUUGCCAAGGAAUUGGAUGCCUCCUGCAUAAAAAUCGAACGAGUUAUUGGAGCAGGAGAGUUCGGGGAGGUGUGCAGCGGUCGACUGAAGCUGCCUGGAAAGCGGGACGUGUCGGUCGCCAUUAAAACACUGAAAGUGGGCUACACAGAGAAGCAGAGGCGGGACUUCCUGUGUGAGGCCAGCAUUAUGGGGCAGUUUGACCAUCCCAACGUGGUCCACCUGGAGGGAGUGGUGACAAGAGGAAAACCAGUCAUGAUCAUCAUCGAGUACAUGGAGAAUGGCUCAUUAGAUGCUUUCCUCAGGAAGCACGACGGUCAGUUCACAGUCAUCCAGUUGGUGGGAAUGCUGCGGGGCAUAGCAGCGGGAAUGAGAUAUCUGGCCGAUAUGGGCUAUGUCCAUCGAGACCUGGCCGCGCGGAACAUCCUCGUCAACAGCAAUCUCGUAUGUAAAGUCUCAGACUUUGGCCUGUCAAGGGUGAUAGAGGACGAUCCCGAGGCUGUCUACACAACAACUGGUGGUAAGAUUCCCGUCCGGUGGACAGCACCAGAAGCCAUCCAGUAUCGUAAAUUUACCUCUGCGAGCGACGUGUGGAGUUACGGCAUCGUCAUGUGGGAGGUCAUGUCCUACGGGGAGCGGCCCUACUGGGACAUGUCCAAUCAAGAUGUCAUAAAGGCAAUAGAUGAAGGCUACCGUCUCCCAGCGCCCAUGGACUGCCCUCCAGGCUUGCAUCAGCUAAUGCUGGACUGCUGGCAGAAAGACAGAGCCGAGCGUCCAAAAUUUGAUCAGAUUGUUGGCAUCUUGGAUAAAAUGAUCCGCAACCCUAACACAUUGAAAACCCCAGUGGGCACAUGUACAAGACCAAUUAGCCCCCUCUUAGAUCAGAGCACACCAGACUUCACCACUUUUCGCUCAGUAGGAGAGUGGCUGGAAGCCAUCAAGAUGGAGCGAUACAGAGACAACUUCACUGCAGCCGGCUACAGUUCCUUGGAGUCUGUGGCCAGGAUGUCAAUAGAGGAUGUGAUGAGCUUAGGAAUCACACUAGUGGGCCACCAGAAAAAGAUCAUGAGCAGCAUACAGACUAUGAGAGCCCAGAUGCUGCACCUUCAUGGUACAGGAGUCCAGGUGUGACACGCUGCGACGGGACGCCUCGGUCAGGGUAAAAACACUAAGGCAGGACUAAUCUGGAGCAGCGCCUGGUCAAAGUACACGGAUAUCUCCUCCUACUGCGUCUGGAGGGAAAUCAUUCCUUUGUUCCUCAGAGAGGGAAUGAGGUCCGUUUCUUCAAAGGGCACUAAAGAGAGGAAAGGGCAAGAAGCAGCGACAAAAAUCAACUACCUGUAUGAGAUGACUUGUUUUUCUUUCUUAUUUGUAGACGCGCUUAAGAACUCAACCACAUAUCAAGGGACGAGUUGGAAAGGAGUUUUAUUACCUUAAUGAUGGAAUUAAGCGCACACCAUAGAUGUGAAUUUCCUUUACAAAGCAAACGAAACUUGCUUUAGUUCCUUUUUCUACAGUCUUUAUUUUCCAUGUGCUUGCCACAAGGAAAUACUGUGGCAUCCACAGGACUUCUUUUCCUCCUUGUCCUUGGAUGUGACAACAGGGUAACUUAUCCAGAUGCCGACGGAGCUUUGCGUUGCAGAUUUCAAGGUAAUGUUUAUGCUGAGUCGUGCAGGACUGAACUGGUUGCAGUUUUUGUCUUUCCUUUAACUUGUUUUUAACAUCCUUAUUGCAUCCCAACUUGCUCGUUUGCAGCCCAGGAAACGGGGUAUGUCUCAAUCUUCAAACUUUUGAAGAAGUUUGCACAAUAAAGGCAAACUUUUCCUCUAAUCACAUUGAAAUAUGUUUUUAUAUCAGAGUAGCAAUAUCUAUUUGUCAUAGAAUUCACAACAGGACACAAAGUCUUAGAACUGAUGAAAAUCUGCGAGCACAGUUCAAAGAUUGUAUUCAAUUUGCAGCCACUCUGUAGUUUUGCUAUCAUUCUGCCUAAAAUCUUGCACACAGUUUGUUCCUGCAAAUUGGAUGGUGUUUAAGGGUGGAUCCCGGAACAGAGGAGAUGUCAUACUGCCUUAAAACAUAUUUAGAUUUAGUAUUUACAAUGUUUUAGGUACUUUAAUGGCGAUGCUUUCUGUGGCUCCUUUAGAGGGUUUUUGUCACUUUUUCUUUUCUUGUGGUGUGUCUUCUUAUCUGUGACUAGUUCUGGUGUGCACAAACUCAGACUAUUACCAGGAAUGACAGAUUCAGUCGGGAAGAGAUUGACUAAAAGAGCAAUAAUUACCAGGGAGAAGCAGUCUUCAACAGAGAUCCUUUAUGGUGCUAUGUAUGAAAAGCAUGUUUGUGCUACUGUGUGCUGACAAACCCUUUGGAAAGAUUCCGUCACCCCCAGAAAGGGGAAGGAAUGUACCUCUGUGACCUAAAAUGCUUUGGAGCGCGCUCAGAAACGUGCCAUGCCAAGUCAUCAAAUGAAAUAAUCAUGUUGUGUUUUGCCUCUAUGAUAUGGUAAACAUUUGAUGAAAAUCUAACACAGCAUGGAAAUGUCAAGCUGAGUUGUCGCAAAGAUGAAAGUGGCACCAUUUGAAACUCUAAAAAGGUGCAAAUUAGCCAUGCUAACAUCAUCCUCUGACACAUUGCACCACCCAGAAAUCAAAGAGAUCCUUCGGGGUUGGCGUCUGAAAAAAACCCGGGACCAAAGGAUGGAGUCUUCAUCAGACGCAGGCCUUGCUGGUAAAUCCUUCCGUCCUGGCUCCGCAGGCAGUCGCGCAGCUCCUCUUGUUUAUUUAUGCGUCUCCGCCGCUCAUCCCUCAUAGGCGUGGAUGUGACGGAACAUGCAUUGAAAUAUGCUCUUUUUUUUCCGCGUGACUUUGUGUGGAAAACAGAGCAGAAGCAGAGGCAUGGGGGGCGGGGUGAACGAUGUGUUUUAAGGCUGAUCAACCUCGUUGGUGCCAUCUGUCGCUACUUCAAAAACGAAAAAAUGUUUUCUUGUUAGCUGAAUGUGACUUAUUGCAAUUUUCUUUGAUAGAAAGAUGUAUUUAUUCAUCUGUCAUGAUAAGGGGUGUGGGGUCACUGACAACAGUCAGUGCUAUUUAUUUCACUGCUGCCAUAACCUCCUAUUAUUGUAUUAACAUAUUCCUGAAUGUUUCACCUUCAGUACAUAGAGAAAUCAGACUUUUAGUGAAACAGAAGCUUGAGUCUUACAAGCUGUCCAAGCUCUGUGUCAUUUCUGUGCUUCAUUCAAACCAUUUUAGACCCAGUCACUAAAAACAAGAGAUGGAAAAAAUGUUUUGCAGCACGAUCACUGCUAUCUUUCUCAUUGGGCAUUUUAAGAUCAACUGACAUGAAAGAAUCAAAUUUCCAGGUACCGUAAUGUCCGAACUAAACAAAAAGAAGGAAAAAAAGGGGUUCACAUUUAGCCCCCACUCAUCUGACAUGAGUUAUUUACACACAAAGACUUUUGUUUAACUUUUAAUGAGUUAUGUACCAGUAAUACAAACAGGUAAAUGCUUUUUCCCAAAUGUGCAUGUAACAUGGUCAUUGAGUGCUAUCUUCAUCUUCCUCCUUGUACAUUAAAGCCACUAAAGUCGUCUUCAUCCUCACACAAAUUUCCUCAGUCUCUCUUUGUUGUCACUCUCAAUGUCACUUUCACCUUAAGGCACAUUUGCUCUUGACCUUGUGCUGUCCUCUUCAUCACGCAGCAGUCCAGCCUUUCCAAACCCGCUAACUAAGAAUUUGCUACUGAGGAUGGAGUCUGGCCCUUUGUGUCUUGCCCUCUCCAGUUUAAUGGUAAAAGUAAUGUGCAGCAGCAGCCACUGCAUGCAAAUUGAACAAAUAGAUAAAAUGUAAAUGCAACAAAACACAUUCAGAUUCAAUCUCCUUAAAUUCUUUGGAUGUUUUUCAAGGCAGUGGAUGUUCUUACUGUUUAUUUUAGACUGAUGCUUCAGUCAUGUGAUUAGUUUAGGAUGUUUGAAAUUAGCUGAUUGCCAUUUCUAACACAAUACUUUGUCUUCAUCUGUAUUAAAAGUUGAUUUUGUGUGAAAGUUGCAAACAUAUUUGACUAACUGAAAUAAACUGACCCAGUUUAUUUUCAAAAUGAACAUAGAAUGAGAUAUUCAUCUCAUUCUUUUUUGCAUCAAGACAGACAGCAGAUGCUGACUUAUAGUAGGUUUUUUUCACUGUGGGCUUCACCCUCUGUGAAGAGACACCAGGAAUUAGCCCUGACCAGAACUCCUUGUCACACAGUCCCUUCUUUCAUCUAUACAGCAGAGCUCAGCAGUUGGGUUUCGGCCAGGCCUUUGAAUUGAAUACAGCCAUGAAGUCAUUCAGUCAGCACAAAACUCCCUAGUUUACAGACGGCACCCCCUUUCUCUCACCCAGUCUUUACUUCAUGGUCUGAUUUUCUAACCUGGCUCUAAGACGCCUCACUCCCAUUGGUAGAAGGCCUUUGUUCUUUUUAUUCUGGGCUUGGAAGGCAGCAGUUGAAGCCAAAUUGAGAUUACCGCCAGGUUACAAUUGAUUCAGCGCAUGAAUCACCUGCAACUUUUACAAAUCAGUUUCUGCUUAUUUUAUUGGCAUGCUGUAAUUCAGGUCACUUAGCUCUGGAUAAAAAGGUUUUGAUGUGAAAGAAGGUUAUAAAAUCAGCAGUUUUUUUUGUUGUUUUUUUUUAGUAUAAUGUACAAAAAGACAAAAAAGAGCUGAGACUCACAGGUAAUGGAGUAAUGGUUGAAAUCAGAAAUGACAGAGUAUGAAGUUAUUUUUCAAAUCAAGAUGUCAAGCAGCUGGACAUUACCUUUUUGAGGAGGAAGCGGAUAAUUCCAAAGACAGCCACACUGUCGAUUGUGUCAGAAGGAGCUGAGCUCUGAGGGGAUCUUUGACUACGUUUGAACUGUAAAACUUGUACAUUUUAUUUAUAUUGGUUUUUUUUUUUACACCUAUUACUUAGUAGAGAGCUCUGAUUACAUGGAAAAUGCACUAUAUUUUUGUAUAUCACAGAUGAAUUAUUGUCAUCCACAAGAUUUCAGUUGAACAUAUUUUGUUUUCCAUUUAGGACCAAAGACAGCUGAUAGGAUGUUCAUUUUUAAUCUAGAUUUUGUUUUCAUGUUGCCUUCAGUUUCCUGUACAGUAAUGCAAAUUUUUGAUUUAAUAUUUAUUUUUUUGUGAUGAAAGUAUUGAGAAUAUUCACUGGUCAAAAAAUAUUUUCCCUAACAGCGGAAAUGUGAGAUGAUUUAAAUUAGAUAAUUUCUUGUUACAUAGACAAUUCUUCUUGCUUUGUAAUCUUUGUAAUAGACUGUACAUAUAUUUUUGGAAAUAUAAUACAAUCUCUACAGAAAU